AUGGAAAUAGAUAAGGCUUCGACUGGGUCUGAUUCAGAUAUGUCAAUUGAACCAUUCUCAGAAGCCCAAAAUGAGCCAUCACAGCAGCCAGGAAGUCUCCUCGCUCGCUUGAAAGCUGCUAAAUUGAAGUCCCACUCACCUGAAACUACGUCCACUGCUCAUGUGAUUGCCAGAAACUGCAAAGCUUGUAACAUGGAUGCUGAGUUCAUUCCUGAAGGGAUGACGCCAUGUUCCAGGUGCAACAAGGUUUUCUACUGUUCAUCUGAUUGUAUGGAAUGGGAUUGGAAACAUGGAGAUCAUGGUAGGAAUUGUGACAAUGCAAAAACUGGACCAAUUCCAAUGGACAUUGUACAUGAUGAUCAAGUAGAUGACAUGUCCAUUGACGCUUUUGAGGAAGACGAAACACGAGCUUCAAAUGUGGAGUCUGCCACCCAACAAGCUGCAGUCAACACAGCUACAGGACUUGAUGAUACUGUUAGAUGCAAAGCAUGUGGUAUGAAUGAAGCAUAUGUGUCAGAUGGCAUGAAAACAUGCAUACACUGCCAUCUUGUUGCCUACUGCUCAAAUGAUUGCUUGGAUUGGGAUUGGUCGAGGGGCGGCCAUGUUCAUCAGUGUCGUGGCUUGUCCCACGCAGAAAGAGCAGAAGCAGAGCAGCAGCUAUCCAAAGCGGCAGCCUCACUGGAUGGCGACGACAAUCUCUCCAUCGCUGCUUUUGAAGACAACAACGACAACACAUCAACACCAGGAGAAACAACCAAUGAACAGAACUUGUCAGGGGACCUAUCACAAUCCAAAAUAUCCAACACUGAAGAAAUCAGAAAGUGCAAUGCUUGUGGAUUGGACCGAGACUAUGUUCCUGGUGGGAUGAAACCUUGCAACAAAUGUCAUGAGGUGAUAUAUUGCUCACUGGACUGUAUGGAGUGGGAUUGGGAUGAUGGAGGCCAUGAACACAAUUGCAACCCCAAAACUGAGCGUGAAAUAGCAGAACUUCAGAAGAAAGCUUUCAUUGACAAAAACAACAUGCCAAAUGAAGCAUUUCAAGAAGAAGAUGCAGGGCUGGAGAAAAGAUCUGGGGCAGAGCCCCACAAGAGCACCCCUCUCAAUUGCCAUUCAUGCAACAUCAACUCUGAGUUUGUUCCUGACCGAAUGAUCACUUGCCAGAAAUGCAAGAAUGUCCACUACUGCUCCCCUGAUUGUCAGCAGUGGCACUGGAAACAGGGUGGCCACGCAAAGGCCUGUGAGGGGAACAAUGCAGCAAGAGAAUCCAUUGUGGACGAGAAACAAGCCAGGCAGGAUUCUGACCAAGAGUCAAUUGACGACUUUAAACUCAAUGCCAGGCAUGCGACAUGGAUGCUGCCUAUGUUUCUGCUGGGAUGA